ACCGGCAUGGAAAUUAUUCACUGCAAAGCUUUGCAUGAAUAUACCACGCUGUACAUUUAUUUCUGCAUCGUUAUGCUUUGAUACUUUUUGCCCAGUGACCACCUAGAGCACAGUUCACACUAUAAAAGCGACAGUACUGACAUGAAAGUUUGAGAACGGUUAGCCAAUUAGCAAAUAUGCUGGUCUUAGACUGGGUUGCUCCAAUUUUUUAUUGUGUGAUUGUUGUUUUACAACUACACGGUGGCGACGCAAAAGAUUUAAAAGCUAUGUGUUCAACAUGCAGACAGAUAACCGACAAUUUCAACAAGGGAUUUGAGAGAACAGCGAAAAAAAAUUUUGGCGGUGGAAACACUGCAUGGGAAGAGAGAAAAUUGUCGAAAUAUGAGACAAGUGAGAUUCGCCUGGUGGAGAUUCUGGAGGGCCUGUGUGACAGUAGCAGUUUUGAGUGCAAUCACAUGGUAGAGGAACAUGAAGAGCAGUUUGAAACAUGGUGGUUUAAGAGGAAAACAAAGAACCCAGAUUUAUUCAAAUGGUUUUGCAUUGAGACCAUUAAAGUAUGCUGUCCCAAGGGAACAUUUGGCCUUGAUUGCAAUGCCUGUGUUGGAGGAUCGGAUAGACCUUGCCAUGGAAACGGCAAAUGUGAUGGUGAUGGCACACGGGCAGGUGAUGGCAAGUGCAGUUGUGACCGUGGAUAUGAAGGAGAAUUUUGCCUCGAUUGUGCUGCCGGGUAUUUUAACGAAGAAAGGAAUGACACCUUUUCUCUGUGCAAAGAAUGUCAUGAGUCCUGCACAACCUGCUCUGGGCCAACAAAUCAUGACUGUGACAAAUGCAAGAGUGGCUGGGAAAAGGAUGAGGAGGGGACAUGUGUUGAUACUGAUGAGUGCUCCAAAGACAGUUCUCCAUGCAAAGAUGACCAAUAUUGCCUGAACACGAAUGGGUCCUAUUCAUGUUUAGCAUGUGACAGCAGAUGCUCUGGCUGUAUGGGGCCAGGUCCUGAUAAAUGUCGUACCUGCGCUAAGGGCUACAAGGACGAGGAGGGCACCUGCCAAGAUAUAAAUGAGUGUGAGCUGCCUGACCCGGUGUGUACUGAGGAAAACCGGGAAUGUGAGAAUACCAAAGGGAGCUUUAACUGUCGCUGCGCCAGUGGCUUUCAGGAACAGGAUGGAGUCUGCGUCCCGUCACCAGAACCAGAGGUAAGCCAGGAAGUGCCUUCAUCUGAGGGUGCAUAUACCCAGACAGCCAAAUUGUCAGAGCAACAUGAGGACCUGUGAUGUCAGAACUCUGUACUGUUGGACCUAAACACCAUGGAGCACGUGCAGUUGCUACACCAGCAGAAUGUAUCAGUUCACUCUGCCUCAGUCAAGUGGAGUACCAGAAUAGCACUUACUGUAUAUAUUUGGCAAAAAGAACUUUUAUCCCUGUGGAACAUGCCAAGGAAAAAGAACAAUUUCAGCCUCAAGCUGUAGUUCAGUCUCCGUUUAAUAUCGUGGUUCGAGAGAAACCAGUUCUUAUCUUUUUUAACUUAAUGCAGUGUUUUUUGUUUUGGGAAGGGGGUUGGGAAAAUUGUGAAUAAAGUCAAACCUAAUGAUGUAUUUGUGACUCACUUUGCUGAAGUAUUGCAAUAGUUAAAAGUGUUUCAUUUGAAUGCCAAGGAGUGUUAAAAUGUUUUUUGUUUUAACCUGAAAACAAGGCAUUCUGAUACCUUUGAAUGUAGUAAUCUUCUGUAUGCUCAUCUUUGCCAGUUUACUUUGACCAGGUUAGAGCACAUUUAUCAAAAUUUCAAUUUCCACAUUGAUGUAGAUGUGCUAAAGUGAGCAGCUCAACUAGUUGUUAUCCACAGUUCCUAAGCAGGUGUACAUUACAAGACUAUGUAAAUGACAUAAUGCAUUAUUACUUGACAUUAUCCACCAUGCUACAUAAAACCUAUACCCAACAACACAAGCACAUUACACCUGAUCAAAUGUGUGCUUUGUUUUUGGCCACAUCUUGUGUUUGAAAGUGAGUAACUGUAAUGAUUUGUUAUUCUGAUGGGUAAAGUAUUUUGAUUGUAAAUUACUCUUACUAAGAAUCAUAUUUGACCAAGGUUGCUGUUUGCACCAUACUACACGCUCCCUCCAGAUGGCUGCCUUUCAGUUAUUGUCCAUUAACUUUAUAAACGAAUUCAGACAGGGAUGAACAGGACCUUAUAGAUAUGUUGUGUAUCAGUAAAGAGUUUAAAUUUCUAUAAAUGAAAUAAGCCAUCGUUUUGUGCUUUUAUAACUGUUAGGUAUGAUAUCAAAGCAAUUGUACACAGAUUGAUUUGUCCAUAAUCGAUUAUCCACAGAGGAAUUCAUUUGGUCUCAGGACCGCAGCUCCUACUUGUAUUGAGCUCAUAAAACAAAACAAAAGCCCUAUAGGAAAAAAAAUAUAGCAUUUAUGGAGAACUUCACAGCUUAAAUGGUAAAAUGUAGUCUUG